AUGCUGCACAUCUGGCUUCUUCUCCUCUCCGGCCUCUGCCUCCACCAGUUCUUCCUCUGCAGGGCCGAGGAAGGUCUGGAGUUUCCAAACUUCGACGGGAAGGACAGAGUGCUGGACGUGAGCGAGCGCAACUACAAGAAGGCUCUGAAGAGGUUCGACCUGCUGUGUCUGUUCUACCACGAGCCGCUGCCGGCCAACAAGGGUCUGCAGAAGAGGUUCCAGAUGACGGAGCUGGUGCUGGAGCUCACAGCUCAGGUCCUGGAGAACAAAGACAUCGGUUUUGGGAUGGUCGACUCCCAGAGGGACGCCAAGGUCGCCAGAAAACUGGGUCUGGAGGAGGUCGGCAGCUUGUACGUUUUCAAGGACGACCGCGUCAUUGAGUUUGACGGCGAGCUCUCAGCAGACACACUGGUGGAGUUCCUGUUGGAUGUGCUGGAGGACCCGGUGGAAAUGAUCAACAAUGCCAUGGAGCUGCGAGCCUUUGAGAGAAUGGAGGAGGACAUCCGCCUCAUUGGCUACUUUAAGGGAGAAGACUCAUACUUCAGAGCUUUCCAGGAGGCCUCCGAGCGUUUUCAACCUUACAUCAAGUUCUUUGCUACAUUUGAUAAAUCUGUUUCCAAACAUCUCUCUCUCAAGAUGAACGAGGUGAAUUUCUAUGAGCCGUUUAUGGAGGAGCCGGCCGUCCUGCCGGGCCGACCUCUGACAGAGAUGGAGAUUGUUGAGUUUGUCAACCAGCACCGAAGGGCGACACUGAGGAAGCUCCGGGCAGAGAAUAUGUUUGAGACGUGGGAAGACGACAUGGAUGGAAUACAUAUCGUUGCUUUUGCUGAGGAAGAAGAUCCAGAUGGUUAUGAGUUCCUGGAGAUCCUGAAAGACGUAGCCAGAGACAACACCAACAACCCAGAACUCAGCAUCGUGUGGAUCGACCCUGACGACUUUCCUCUGCUGACCACCUACUGGGAGAAAACCUUCAAGUUGGACCUGUUUCGUCCUCAAAUCGGUGUUGUCAACGUAACAGAUGCGGACAGCGUGUGGCUGGACAUGUCCAACGAUGAGGACUUGCCCACAGCGGAGGAGCUGGAGGACUGGAUAGAGGACGUCCUGUCAGGGAGGGUGAACACCGAGGACGAUGACGAGUCUGCCGAUGACCAGGAAGACUCUGACAGCUUCGUCGAGGAGGACAACUACGAAAGUCACGACCAAGAAGAUGACGAUGACGACUAAACUGAAAGUCCUCACAGUUCAGGUCAACUUGACUGGCACAUUAGAAACUGAUUGUUGAUAGUACAUGAAUUAGUUAGGCUGUUAAAACAGAACCGAUGAAAUUAAAUAAGUGUUGUGAUUAACUCAGUAAACAUUUGAAAAC